CACUAUCUCCCAGAGUUUGCUCAAACUCAUGUCCAUUGUGUCAGUGAUGCCAUUCAAUCAUCUCAUCCUCUGUCACCCCUUCUCCUCCUGCAUAAAUUAUUGCAUGAUUUAUUAGCUUGCUAGGACUGCCAUAACAAAGUACAACAAAAAUUGUGAAUUAAACAUUAGAAAUUUAUUGCCCCACAGUUCUUGAGGUCCAUGAUCAAUGUGUUGGCAGGGCUACGCUCUUGAUGAUGGUGCUAGGAAAGGAUCUGUUCCAGGUUUUUCUCCCAGCUUCCAGUAGUUCCUUGGCUUGUGACAGUAUAACUCAGUCUUCAAAUGGUGUUCUCCCUGUGUGAUGACUGUCUGGGGAAGAAAGUCUGCAUUAAAUGCAAUACUGAUGACACCACUGGGGACCUUAAGCUGAUCACAGCUCAAACUGGCACCUGUUGGAAAAAGAUGGUAUUGAAAAAAUGGUACAUAAUUUUUAGAGACCAUGUGUCUCUGGGGGACUAUGAAACCCAUUAUAGGAUGAACCUGGAGCUUUAUUAUCAAUAG